AUGAACGGGUUUGAGACCGUGUUGACCAAAGGCCAGCUGACGUGCCCACUAUGUGGUGACUAUGUGGAUGAAGCACACACUAGUUGUGGGCGAACGCAGGUUAAGCUGGACUCUUACGGGGACCCGUUUCUGGAUGACUUGGAAGAGCGGCCGCGAGUGACAGUGCCCAUCCUGCUAUGCAUGACCAUCAUCGGGGGCUACAUCUGUGGUGGUGCAGUACUCUUCUCAGUGUGGGAAGAGUGGAAUUACUUGGAUGGCUCCUACUUUUGCUUCGUGACGCUUAGCACUAUCGGCUUCGGCGACCUGGUGCCUGGUGACACCGUCGUAUCAGACAGUGGCUCCCAGGAGAAACUCGUCAUAUGCUCACUGUAUCUGUUGGUUGGAUUAGCGCUGAUUGCCAUGUGCUUCAACUUGGUGCAGGAGGAAGUGGUGCAUAAACUGCGUGCCCUGGGCCGUCGCCUGGGCGUGGUCAGUGACUCGGACGUCGAUUCAGACUCGGAAUGACGUCGGCAACGAAGCCACCACGGACGCCGCGGUCUCGCAGGUGUAGUGCAGUAUAUCGAGGUGCCCCUGAGUACAUUAAUGAGGACGCGUGUGAGGAGGGAGCGGGCCAGGUUCCGCUGCGCUCCUCAGGUUCCUCAUGAACAGGAGGGCCCAUGAGCUGCUUCCUCGUGCUAGGCGACUGGCGAAGAACACAGACUAUGAGCGAGUGUUGCACUCACCUACAGAUAUAUCUGUUGAUGUGCACAAAGUAGCGAGCGCCACAGUCUUAAAGGGGCCGUGCAACAAUUUUCCAAGCAAUCAUCGAAUGACGUCCCUAUCAGAGUUAAUUACUUCUCGAAUUGAGUGCAGCAAAGCUUUUUGUAGAAUUCCGUCAAGUACAAACGGAGUUUCACGGAUUUUUUGUACGCUCUAAGCACUUUAUCUCUCCAUCCUCUUAGGGGCGAAGCACGGUAUGGUCCAGGCAUGUCCCGUGUCCGGCGAGGCGGCAGCAGUGUCUCAGUUUUGCAUGGAGUCCCCUAGGGGCGCUGUGGUGUACAAGGGCGUGUCAUAAUUGCCACAGAACAAUAUAAAACACCUAGAAGCACGAACCCUUUAUACUAGUCGGCGAUUUCAACGUAGAUAUUAUAGACCUUAGGACCUAGCUUUGUCGUCGAGGCUCAGUGUCCGCUGUCAUUGUGGUUAGAGAACCGUUGCUAUAGUCGAAAGAUAUGUGUGUAUGUGAAU